UUCAUCCUUCCUCGAGCCCGGAUCUUACGCAUGGAGCAUGCGCAUCACCGUUCAUGGGUAACUUGGAGUCGACUCGCGCAAUAGUCAGCUGAGAUCCUGACAAGGCGCACCUGCCCAAAUCUGUGAAGUUGGUGGUCAAUCAAAGAACCAUGGCGACAACGAACCGGCAGCAGCAACACUCACUUCCAGGUUUUCCUGAUGACAGUCUUGUUGAAAGUGGCCCCAGUAGUAUGGAUAAGCUUGCAUUCAAAUACAUGGAGCUGUGUAAAGUGGAGUCCAGUACUGAUUCCGAAUCAGAUGUCAGUCCAAGAUGGUCUGAUACCAGCACCAUGGGAUGUGGAAGUAGUGCGGCAGAGGGCAGACAACCCAUUCAAAGGAUGCUAACAUGUUCACACAAGCCGGUGGGACGAUAUUCGUGGCUUUCUUUGUCCUUGGACCCAUAUGACGGGAGCUCAGAAGAUUCGGACGAGUCUAUAGCUGGCCCCAGGCGACCAAGGCAGGGGAGCUGCAGGUAUUGGGGCAGGAGCCAAAGAAGGAACAAUCACACUCCCAUCCUCAAAGAAGUGAUCAAAAGUGGUGGUCCAACAGAGCCUCAUCUCAUUGAUGUCCAGAUGAGGUCAGCAAGUGACUCUGAGCUAUGGACAUGCAGCCACAGCAAGGGGCGGGGCCCUGUGGCAGAGACAUCUGCAGACUCAGUGCUCACUACUAAAUCUUCACCUUGCACACCUGUGUUUCCCACUUUUGUGGGUGCAGCAACCCCGGUCCCCAAAGUCCAGAUACCAGAGAAAUCUCCCAACAGUACUAUCCCCCUCAGGGGUGUCUUCAAAAGGAAGUUAAGUCUUCCAGGAGCAGAGGCACUACAAGGUUGUUACCACAGGAAGAAGCAGUGUGUCACCAAAAUGGAGGCUGGGGAUUCUCCUGAGGUGAGCUGGUCCAUGACCAGAAACACCCCCCUAGCCUAGAGACACUAUUGCUUAUACUUGCUUAUCUACACAGGUGGCUAGGAGCGGUUUCUGGACAGGGUCAUGACACUGGAAAAACGGGGACACUUGACCUUUCUCUGCAGAACAAGUAGACUAGGUGAUAAUGCAUUGAUGUUAAGGCUAUUCAAGUUAACUAGGAGAAUGUGUCACAUUAUUUCUUCACUUAGAUGCACUUUUUUUUUUUUUACACUAAAUUGAAUAACUUAAUUCUCACGCAUGUAAGGAAUAGCAUUGCUAUAUUCAUUGGUGCUGUAUAUUUUGCUAGUUCUAUUGUAUGGUGGUGGUAGACAGAUUUGCUUUAGACUAAUAUUAAAUAAAGCUGUACUACCAAAUUGA